AGAACUGAUCUCAUCUUCCUGGGGGUCAAACUUCUGCUGGCUUUGAAGAACCUUGUCCCAAGACCAGGAAUUCCUGCUGGGACAGCAGUAAAGAGCGUGGAAGGUGUUGGAAGUUGGCUGUGUGCUGCUGCAGGGUAACAUCUGGACUGGAACCGAGGCUCCUCUGGUGCUUGGAUGUCCCUAAAUUCCUGGAUCAGCUUGUUGAAGACUGUAUUGCUGCUAGAAGCUUCUCAAGUUCCUCAGGAUCCUCUCAGUAGAACUGAUACUGCAUAAACUGACAAUUUAGACACUCUAAGUGAAACCCAUCAAGUCAUCUAUGAAAAUGGUGGCGCUCUCCUUAAAGAUCUGUGUCCGCCACUGCAAUGUGGUGAAGACCAUGCAGUUUGAGCCAUCGACAGCCGUAUAUGAUGCGUGUCGAGUCAUUCGGGAGCGAGUGCCCGAGGCACAGACGGGACAAGCCUCUGACUAUGGGCUGUUUCUCUCUGAUGAAGACCCCAGGAAAGGGAUUUGGCUAGAAGCAGGAAGGACACUGGAUUACUACAUGCUGCGGAAUGGGGAUAUUUUGGAGUACAAGAAGAAGCAGAGGCCUCAGAAAAUUCGAAUGUUGGAUGGCUCUGUGAAGACGGUGAUGGUGGAUGACUCUAAGACAGUGGGAGAGCUCCUGGUCACCAUCUGCAGCAGGAUAGGAAUAACAAAUUAUGAAGAAUACUCUUUAAUCCAAGAAACCAUAGAAGAAAAGAAAGAAGAAGGAACAGGCACACUCAAAAAAGACAGGACGUUGUUAAGAGAUGAGAGGAAGAUGGAGAAGCUGAAGGCCAAGCUCCACACGGAUGAUGACUUAAAUUGGCUAGAUCACAGCCGAACGUUCAGAGAGCAAGGGGUGGAUGAAAAUGAAACAUUGCUUCUGCGACGGAAGUUCUUUUACUCCGAUCAGAAUGUGGACUCAAGGGACCCAGUGCAAUUGAACUUGCUUUAUGUCCAGGCUCGGGAUGACAUUCUGAAUGGCUCUCACCCUGUCUCCUUCGAGAAGGCGUGUGAGUUUGGUGGAUUUCAAGCCCAGAUACAGUUUGGACCUCAUGUGGAACAUAAACACAAGCCUGGAUUCUUAGAUCUAAAGGAAUUCUUACCAAAAGAAUACAUCAAGCAGAGAGGAGCUGAGAAGCGGAUAUUUCAGGAACAUAAAAACUGUGGAGAGAUGAGUGAAAUAGAAGCCAAGGUCAAGUAUGUCAAACUCGCCCGGUCCCUCCGAACAUAUGGAGUGUCCUUUUUCCUGGUAAAGGAAAAAAUGAAAGGCAAGAACAAGCUGGUUCCCCGCCUCCUGGGCAUCACCAAGGAUUCCGUCAUGCGGGUGGAUGAGAAGACCAAGGAGGUGCUCCAGGAGUGGCCACUCACCACAGUCAAGCGCUGGGCAGCUUCACCGAAGAGCUUUACACUGGAUUUUGGGGAGUACCAGGAAAGCUACUAUUCAGUGCAAACCACAGAGGGGGAGCAAAUAUCCCAGCUGAUUGCAGGGUACAUUGACAUCAUCCUCAAAAAGAAACAAAGCAAAGAUAGAUUUGGGCUGGAAGGGGAUGAGGAGUCAACCAUGUUAGAAGAGUCAGUUUCCCCAAAAAAGUCUACCAUCUUACAGCAGCAGUUCAACCGGACUGGCAAGGCAGAGCAUGGCUCAGUGGCACUGCCAGCUGUCAUGCGCUCUGGCUCCAGUGGGCCUGAGACUUUCAAUGUUGGUAGCAUGCCCUCACCACAGCAGCAGGUCAUGGUUGGACAGAUGCACCGAGGACACAUGCCUCCACUGACUUCGGCACAGCAAGCCCUUAUGGGGACCAUCAACACAAGCAUGCAUGCUGUCCAGCAGGCUCAGGAUGACCUCAGCGAGCUCGACCCACUGCCACCUCUUGGACAAGAUAUGGCAUCUAGGGUAUGGGUUCAGAACAAAGUGGAUGAAUCCAAACAUGAAAUCCACUCUCAAGUUGAUGCUAUCACAGCUGGGACAGCUUCAGUUGUCAACCUCACAGCUGGUGACCCAGCUGACACUGACUACACAGCCGUGGGCUGUGCAAUCACUACGAUCUCUUCCAACCUGACCGAAAUGUCCAAGGGUGUAAAGCUGCUGGCAGCUCUCAUGGACGAUGAUGUGGGCAGUGGGGAGGACCUUCUCAGAGCUGCCAGGACCCUCGCUGGGGCCGUGUCUGAUUUGCUGAAGGCCGUGCAGCCUACUUCUGGAGAGCCUCGACAGACUGUUUUGACUGCUGCUGGGAGCAUCGGCCAAGCCAGUGGUGAUCUCCUGAGACAGAUUGGAGAGAACGAGACAGAUGAGCGAUUCCAAGAUGUUUUGAUGAGUCUGGCUAAAGCUGUUGCCAAUGCGGCUGCUAUGUUGGUACUCAAGGCGAAGAACGUGGCCCAAGUGGCUGAAGACACCGUCCUACAGAACAGAGUGAUCGCUGCAGCUACCCAGUGUGCUCUCUCCACUUCCCAGCUUGUGGCAUGUGCCAAGGUUGUGAGCCCCACCAUCAGCUCUCCUGUAUGCCAGGAGCAGCUGAUUGAGGCUGGAAAGCUGGUGGACCGCUCUGUGGAAAACUGUGUCCGUGCCUGCCAGGCAGCCACUGGUGACAGUGAGCUCCUGAAGCAGGUCAGCGCAGCGGCCAGUGUGGUCAGCCAGGCCCUGCAUGACCUCCUGCAACAUGUGCGGCAGUUUGCCAGCCGUGGUGAGCCCAUUGGCCGUUAUGACCAGGCCACCGACACCAUCAUGUGUGUCACGGAGAGCAUCUUCAGUUCCAUGGGUGAUGCUGGUGAGAUGGUGCGCCAAGCCCGGGUGCUGGCCCAGGCCACCUCUGAUCUUGUCAAUGCCAUGAGGUCAGACGCAGAGGCUGAGAUUGACAUGGAGAAUUCCAAGAAGCUCCUUGCAGCUGCAAAGCUCUUGGCUGACUCCACGGCUCGCAUGGUGGAAGCUGCAAAGGGGGCUGCAGCCAACCCAGAGAAUGAAGACCAGCAACAAAGACUGAGAGAGGCUGCUGAAGGUCUCCGAGUAGCAACCAACGCUGCUGCACAGAAUGCUAUUAAGAAAAAGAUCGUCAACCGGCUGGAGGUUGCAGCCAAGCAGGCUGCAGCUGCUGCCACACAGACCAUCGCAGCCUCCCAGAAUGCAGCGGUCUCCAACAAGAAUCCCUCAGCCCAGCAGCAGCUAGUCCAGAGCUGCAAGGCUGUGGCAGAUCACAUCCCUCAGCUCGUGCAGGGAGUAAGAGGGAGCCAAGCCCAAGCAGAAGACCUCAGUGCCCAGCUGGCCCUCAUCAUCUCCAGCCAGAACUUCCUGCAGACUGGAAGCAAGAUGGUGUCCUCUGCCAAGGCGGCAGUCCCCACUGUGAGUGACCAGGCCGCAGCUAUGCAGCUGAGUCAGUGUGCGAAGAACCUGGCCACCAGCUUGGCGGAGCUGCGCACCGCCUCACAGAAGGCCCAUGAAGCCUGUGGUCCCAUGGAAAUCGAUUCUGCACUGAACACAGUACAAACUCUCAAGAAUGAGUUGCAGGACGCCAAGAUGGCUGCUGCAGAAAGCCAGCUAAAACCACUUCCAGGAGAAACGCUGGAAAAGUGUGCUCAGGACCUGGGAAGCACCUCUAAGGGAGUGGGCUCCUCCAUGGCCCAGCUCCUCACCUGCGCUGCUCAAGGCAACGAGCACUACACAGGAGUGGCAGCUAGAGAAACAGCCCAAGCUCUGAAAACAUUAGCCCAGGCUGCCCGGGGAGUGGCUGCAUCCACAAAUGACCCAGAGGCUGCUCAUGCCAUGUUAGAUUCUGCUCGGGAUGUGAUGGAGGGCUCUGCCAUGCUCAUCCAAGAAGCCAAGCAGGCCUUAAUUGCACCUGGCGAUACAGAAAGUCAGCAGAGGCUAGCCCAGGUGGCAAAAGCUGUGUCUCACUCCUUGAAUAACUGUGUGAAUUGCCUCCCUGGCCAGAAGGAUGUGGAUGUGGCCUUGAAGAGCAUCGGGGAGUCCAGCAAGAAGCUGCUUGUAGACUCGCUACCUCCGAGCACAAAGCCUUUCCAGGAAGCCCAGAGUGAACUGAACCAAGCUGCUGCUGAUCUGAACCAGUCUGCUGGGGAAGUCGUCCAUGCCACGAGAGGCCAGAGUGGAGAGCUGGCAGCCGCUUCUGGAAAGUUCAGUGAUGACUUUGAUGAAUUCCUGGAUGCUGGCAUUGAGAUGGCUGGCCAAGCGCAGACGAAAGAAGACCAGAUGCAGGUGAUAGGGAACCUUAAGAAUAUCUCUAUGGCGUCCAGCAAGCUGUUGUUAGCCGCCAAGUCUCUCUCUGUAGAUCCUGGAGCUCCCAACGCAAAAAAUCUUCUAGCUGCAGCUGCAAGAGCUGUGACAGAGAGCAUCAAUCAGCUCAUCAUGUUGUGUACCCAGCAGGCCCCAGGGCAGAAGGAGUGUGACAACGCCCUGCGGGAGCUUGAGACUGUCAAGGGGAUGCUGGAAAACCCUAAUGAACCUGUGAGUGACCUCUCUUACUUCGACUGCAUUGAGAGUGUGAUGGAAAACUCCAAGGUUCUGGGCGAGUCAAUGGCAGGGAUUUCACAGAAUGCCAAGACUGGGGACCUCCCUGCCUUUGGGGAAUGUGUGGGGAUUGCAUCCAAGGCUCUCUGUGGGCUGACAGAGGCAGCGGCCCAGGCUGCGUACCUGGUUGGUAUCUCUGAUCCAAACAGCCAGGCAGGCCACCAAGGCCUGGUGGACCCCAUCCAGUUUGCCAGGGCUAACCAGGCGAUCCAGAUGGCAUGCCAGAACCUGGUGGACCCUGGCAGCAGCCCAUCACAGGUUCUGUCAGCUGCUACCAUCGUUGCCAAGCACACCUCAGCUUUAUGCAACGCCUGCCGUAUCGCCUCAUCCAAGACAGCCAACCCUGUUGCCAAGAGGCACUUUGUCCAGUCAGCCAAGGAGGUUGCCAACAGCACUGCCAAUCUGGUGAAGACCAUCAAGGCCCUGGAUGGGGAUUUCUCUGAAGACAACCGCAAUAAGUGUCGUAUUGCUACCACACCCCUGAUCGAAGCUGUGGAGAACCUGACAGCAUUUGCAUCAAACCCUGAGUUUGUCAGCAUUCCUGCUCAGAUCAGCUCUGAGGGUUCCCAGGCACAGGAACCAAUAUUGGUCUCAGCCAAGACCAUGCUGGAGAGCUCAUCGUACCUCAUCCGCACUGCACGCUCUCUGGCCAUCAAUCCCAAAGAUCCGCCCACCUGGUCUGUGUUGGCUGGACAUUCCCACACCGUGUCCGACUCCAUUAAGAGUCUCAUCACAUCUAUCAGGGACAAAGCCCCUGGGCAGAGGGAAUGUGACUACUCCAUCGAUGGCAUCAACCGGUGCAUCAGGGACAUUGAGCAGGCCUCCCUGGCAGCAGUCAGCCAGAGCCUGGCCACCAGGGAUGACAUCUCUGUGGAGGCCCUGCAGGAACAGCUGACCUCGGUGGUCCAGGAAAUUGGCCAUCUUAUUGAUCCCAUUGCCACAGCAGCUCGAGGAGAAGCUGCCCAGCUGGGACAUAAGGUUACACAGCUGGCAAGCUACUUUGAGCCCUUGAUCUUAGCUGCAGUCGGUGUCGCCUCGAAGAUGCUGGACCAUCAACAGCAGAUGACAGUGCUGGACCAGACCAAGACACUCGCAGAGUCUGCCCUGCAGAUGCUAUAUGCAGCCAAAGAAGGUGGAGGAAACCCCAAGGCGCAGCACACCCACGAUGCCAUCACAGAGGCUGCACAGCUGAUGAAGGAAGCUGUGGAUGACAUUAUGGUGACACUGAAUGAAGCUGCCAGUGAAGUGGGGCUGGUGGGAGGCAUGGUGGAUGCCAUUGCAGAAGCCAUGAGCAAGCUGGAUGAAGGCACACCUCCAGAACCAAAGGGAACAUUCGUUGACUACCAGACAACUGUGGUUAAAUACUCCAAAGCUAUUGCCGUCACGGCUCAGGAAAUGAUGACUAAGUCGGUUACUAACCCGGAGGAAUUGGGAGGCCUGGCUUCACAAAUGACCAGUGACUAUGGGCACCUGGCUCUCCAGGGCCAGAUGGCAGCAGCCACCGCCGAACCAGAGGAGAUCGGAUUCCAGAUUCGCACACGUGUGCAGGACCUGGGCCAUGGCUGUAUCUUCCUGGUGCAGAAGGCGGGGGCCCUGCAGGUGUGCCCCACAGACAGCUAUACCAAGAGGGAGCUGAUCGAGUGUGCCCGUUCCGUCACUGAGAAGGUAUCCUUGGUGCUCUCUGCUCUCCAGGCUGGGAACAAGGGUACCCAAGCAUGCAUCACGGCUGCUACUGCUGUUUCUGGGAUCAUUGCCGACCUGGAUACCACCAUCAUGUUUGCAACAGCAGGGACCCUGAAUGCAGAGAAUGGCGAGACCUUUGCAGAUCACAGGGAGAACAUCCUGAAGACGGCCAAGGCUUUGGUGGAAGACACAAAACUGCUCGUGUCGGGGGCUGCAUCUACUCCAGACAAGCUGGCCCAGGCAGCUCAGUCUUCUGCAGCUACCAUUACCCAGCUUGCCGAGGUGGUCAAGCUGGGAGCUGCCAGCCUGGGCUCCAAUGACCCUGAAACCCAGGUGGUUCUGAUAAAUGCCAUCAAAGACGUGGCCAAGGCCCUUUCUGAUCUCAUUGGUGCUACCAAGGGAGCUGCCAGCAAGCCGGCUGAUGACCCCUCCAUGUACCAGCUCAAAGGAGCUGCCAAGGUGAUGGUGACCAAUGUCACCUCUCUUCUUAAGACUGUGAAGGCAGUGGAAGAUGAAGCCACCCGGGGCACAAGGGCACUGGAGGCCACCAUCGAGUACAUAAAGCAAGAACUCACGGUGUUCCAGUCAAAAGACAUACCUGAGAAGACAUCAUCACCCGAAGAAUCAAUAAGAAUGACGAAAGGCAUCACCAUGGCAACAGCCAAAGCCGUAGCAGCUGGCAAUUCAUGUAGACAGGAGGAUGUGAUCGCAACUGCCAAUCUGAGCAGGAAGGCUGUCUCAGAUAUGUUGACAGCUUGCAAGCAAGCAUCCUUCUACCCUGAUGUCAGUGAAGAGGUACGAACCAGAGCCUUGCGGUAUGGCACAGAAUGUACCCUGGGCUACUUGGACCUUCUGGAACAUGUCUUGGUGAUCCUUCAGAAGCCAACCCCAGAACUCAAGCAUCAGCUGGCUGCUUUUUCCAAGAGAGUUGCUGGUGCUGUGACGGAGCUCAUCCAGGCAGCAGAAGCCAUGAAAGGAACAGAGUGGGUGGAUCCAGAAGACCCAACCGUCAUUGCAGAAACAGAGUUAUUGGGAGCUGCGGCAUCCAUUGAAGCCGCUGCCAAGAAGUUAGAGCAACUGAAGCCGAGAGCAAAACCAAAGCAAGCAGAUGAGACCCUGGAUUUUGAAGAACAGAUCUUAGAAGCCGCUAAAUCCAUUGCUGCUGCCACAAGUGCCCUGGUCAAAUCAGCCUCAGCAGCCCAGAGAGAGCUGGUGGCCCAAGGCAAGGUGGGCUCCAUCCCUGCCAAUGCUGCUGACGAUGGACAGUGGUCGCAGGGACUGAUCUCUGCAGCCCGGAUGGUGGCGGCAGCAACCAGCAGUCUCUGUGAGGCAGCCAAUGCCUCUGUUCAGGGACAUGCCAGCGAGGAAAAGCUCAUCUCAUCUGCUAAGCAGGUUGCGGCUUCGACCGCUCAGCUGCUGGUGGCCUGCAAGGUGAAGGCCGACCAGGAUUCAGAGGCCAUGAAGCGGCUACAGGCAGCAGGAAAUGCUGUGAAAAGAGCCUCAGACAAUCUUGUCCGUGCAGCCCAGAAGGCAGCAUUCGGCAAAGCUGACGAUGAUGAUGUCGUCGUAAAAACAAAGUUUGUGGGAGGCAUUGCUCAGAUCAUUGCAGCCCAGGAAGAAAUGCUAAAGAAAGAACGAGAGCUGGAGGAAGCCAGGAAGAAGCUGGCCCAGAUCCGCCAGCAGCAGUAUAAAUUCCUACCCACCGAGCUGAGGGAAGAUGAGGGCUAAUACCCGCCCACGAUGGUGAGCCCCAGGAGGUGGUGCCCCCCCCCCCCCAAGAACUGGACAGAGCAGUGUUCCCAAGAGCCAGGCACUUCCUGGAAACUGCUGGCCCUCCACCUGGAGUCUUUGUCACUUCUCAGUCCUGUUACCAUUGGCUGCAUGAUCAUGAUCUCACACGGUACAGUGUCCUACCCACAGCUCCUCCAGUUCCCUCGUGCCUCGUCUCAGGAGAGAGGGGCGCACAUUUCAUGGACUGUUACCAAAAAGAGAGAAGUCAGUAUUAUGUCGUUCUCAGACACACCUUAGUCUUGGUCCUCCAAGACUGCUCCAAGGCUUCUGUGACAUCACACUAGGCAAAAAAUAAAAACAACAACAACGGCUCACAGGAAUCAUCAGUAUCGUGGACACAGAUAUUCUCUCUCUAGAGAGGACGGAAGCUGGAGUUGGACGCUGUUAGUAAAGCCAGAAAACACUCCCAGGUGGACUCUGGGGCCUGCAGUCACAGAGGUCCUUGUCAGUUUGGAGCACUGAUUCGCCCACAGGGGUGAAGGACCCCAGUCCCGUUUGCACGCUUUUCUUGCCUCAGUGUGUAAGCUCCUUGUACAAUCUACACCCAUCUUGUAUUCUUGUGGCCCAGAAAAAUGAAGUUAUUUUAUUUUUUUUUCUCUCCGCAAUCCAAAGGGCAGAGUUGUGGAAAGUGGUCAGGGUUAGGUGGGCAGGGGCCAGAAUAAAAUCCUGGGCUCCUUACUCUGCAAGGCUGUUUCAGUUCACGCAAAUGAACACACACAAACUGUGCCCCUGAUGGGUCUCAGUGCCCUGGAAGGAGAGUCAGGUGGAACUUAGGCGGGCAUGAGGGCCCCCCCCCCCAUCUUCAAGCCCCAUUAUCAACUUCUGUGCUCUUAGGAGGGUCCAAGUUUAAGAUGGAAAGCUGUUUAGAACUUUCACCAGUCUUCUAUCCCAGGAGGGUAUUUCCCACCCUGUAUCUUAAUAGUCCCCAAAUCGAAUGUACCCUCUAGUCAACAUGGACCUGUGUGAGAGGACUGCUCAUUGUCACGUGGGUGUUUUCACAGUACAUCAUUUGGGUGCUUCCACGCUUCAGAUUUCUUCCCCUCUUGCCUUCCCUUUCCAGGGCCCUCUUCUGGAAAGAACAUUCUAGAUCCCUGAGUUUACAUUUGAUCUGAGCCUCUAUCUAAGAUGGAUAAAGGAUGACUAGCCUAUGGCCAAGGGCCUAAUACCAAGCACCAGCAGAUUUCAGUGACUUCAUGAAGGGAAAUUAUGAGUUAGUAGGGGCAUGCAGGGGCUGUAGCUCAGCCGGUAGUGCUUGCCUGGCUGGCUUGCACAAAGCACUGGGUUCCAUUACUAGCAUUACAUAAGCUUAGUAUGGCGCUGCAUGUCAGUAGUCCCGGCACGGGGGAGAUGAAGGCAGGAAAAUCAGAAGUUCGCAAUUAUCCUUAACUGUGUAUUAAGUUAGAGGCAAGCCUUGGCUACAAGAGACCCUGUCUCCAAGCGAGGAAGAAAAUGGGAAUAGAAGCAUAUGGUUUUCAAGACUCGUGGCUGCUGAAGGCAGGCUUUCCCCUCCCUUAAUGAUAUGAUGCCAGUACCACAUUGUGGUACCAGUACCAGAUUUCUACCAAAGAGGAAAUACUGGUACUCUAGUCCAAAAGAAAAGAAGAGUUGACCUUCAACCUUGCCUGUGAGUCUUCUGUGCCGCAGUUUUAAAAUAUAAUUGAAUUCUGACAGCUUUCCAGAUGUACAGAGACCUAUAAGUGCCUCACAUGGAAAUUCUUUUCAGACAGGUAGAAGGAUAUACAAAGUGUGGAGUGAAUGGAAAGCAAAUGGAGGCUGCAUCUGGAGGGAAUUUGGGUGUGCAGGCAUCAAAUCCAACAGAGGAAGGGUGCUCGGGAGCCCUGGGUGCUCGUAGGAAAACAGAUGGUCUUGCUCACUGUCUUGGAGUGUUUGUUUUUCUUCAUGCCUCUGCUGGGUGCUUUCCAAAACUAUUAAGUCAGACCCAAAAGUUCAUGGUCAAGAUGUGACAGUGACCUCAGCGUAGUAGGACAGGAGGCCCUCCUGCAGCCAGCUCACUCUCUAUCCUGUAGGGUACACUCCAGACAGCUGAUCCUCACCCUUCCUUCCACCGGUCACAUUGGACGUUCCAGGGACAGGGCAGGGACAGACUGUGAGUUCUCUGUCCUUGCCCCAGAAUUGUUAAAAGCCUUCACAGAAGUGAAUAGCAGAGAAAAAUCUCUUAACAAAUGAGAAACGAAGGGCUGUCCUAUCCAGCCGUGAGGAGAGUUUCAGAACAGGGGGCUCUGCCCUCCUGUCUGGAGCAGUGUGCUGCUAGGAACCAUGCAGGGAGUGGUUCCCAGGCAUCACCUGCCAUGGUCCUAUGCCUCACUUGUCCCUUGCUUGCCCAUGCUGUAUCCACAUAUGUGAAUGCCCUCGUGGCUGUCUGGGUCUCUCCUCAUUUCAUAAAAUGGACAAAAUGCUAGAUUAUUGGCGUUACUUAAUAAAUGAAGCUGGUAUCCCCAAGGCACUGAGGGGACAUCUGGCUCUAAGGGAGAAAGAAUGCAGAUGCAGUGAAUUGCAUUUUGGAAUAGUUUAAAGGCAAAGUGACCCAAGGCCUAGAGCAUGAAAUGUAUUCCUCUUCAAGUGGGGCGGGGCUAGGUAUGCAAAUGAGUUCUCUCCUACUUUUAUACUGGGAGGGAAGAUGAUAUUGGGUGUUGAAUCCUUAGACUGAUCUUUCUGUCCAGAAUUUCCAUUUUUUGAUGCUCAAAAGAGGGAUGUGCCUGGUGGCUGGGGAAUUGCAUCUAGCUUGCUUCUGGUUUUCAGAAGACUUUGGAUCAGGAUGCAAAAGCCAUGUUUGGUCAGAAAGCCCUAGAUAGCUCUUCCACUGGCCAGUUGGGGAUGACCUUGAAAGUCAUCAUAAACAGAUCUUAAGACCUAGCCAGUCUGCCAGUUGUCAUUGUGGUUUUCAGAGGCAGCUGCUCAGGCUUCCAUCUGUGCACAGGCUUUCAGGGCUAAGCCACUGGCAGAUCUGCUGGCGUAUACUGCUAAUCCAGAAAACCCCCUAAACUCCUCGUUAGACUCAUCUGCUUGUCUUCUGUGUACUCUACCAACUGGUGAGAGUGUGGGCAACUGAAACCAUCCCUUGAUUUGUUGAAAACAGUAUAGCCAGGUGUGGUGGCAUACACUUACGAUCCUAGGACUUGGGAGAUGGAGGCAGGAAGACCACAAGUUUAAGGCCAGCCUAGGCUGGGUAGCAGGAUCCUGUCUCAGAAAAUCAAGGGCUAGUGGAUGUAGCUUCGUGUUAGAAUGCCUAGUAAGUGCAAGGCAAAGUAUAACAAAAUAUACCACCACCUAAAGGAAUGUAUUUAUUCCCCCCUCCUAAGUGACUCCAGAACCAAAACCUCAUGAAGGAACCAGGGUGGAGGCAGUAAGCCAUGUUCUCUGCUCCCCUUCUUUCCUCUCUUAGCAAGUGGUCCCCAAAAUCACCCUGAACUCUGCAGUUCUGGGCUACAGCAGCGCUUCUGGAUUUAAGGCUUAAAAUCCCAGUACAGAUUGUGUGCUCUGCUCAGACUCCUAGAGGAAAUGAGCACUCUGUGACCCAAGAGGACAUACUUAUAAGAGAUUUAGCAAAUGCAAGAAAUUGAGAGGAAAAGUUCGCUUUUGGGCUGAGAGGCAAUAGUUUCUAGAGUCCUGAAAGCCUAAGGUCUUGGUGGCUCAGGUCUCACCUCUCCACCGAGUCCCUCCCGUAGGGCCAGCAACCUCUGCUUGGAAAGGCAUCAUCUGCAAAUCCCCGACACCAGUGCUCCAUUGCCCUGAGCAUGAAGACAAACCUUCUGUUAGUCUGUAAAUACCAUGGAAAGCUGAUGCUUUACUGUGAAGCAAGCUAGGUUUUAUCUGGUAUCCCUGGAAGCCAGCUCCCUGCCUAUCAGGAAACAACAGCAUGUCCACCAGAAGACAAGAAAUGGAAGCUCUGCCCUUGUCAUAAUGUCUAAUCACAUAAAUUAAUUUAUCUAAUCACAUAAAUUAUUUUUUUUAUUCAUCAGAAAUAAACUUUUAAAGGAA